CUCCGGAGAAGCUUCCCCUGGGUCUCCCGGGGCGCUAACUCCCGUGUUUCGCAUCCGUCGCUGGGUCCGGUCCGACGGCCCGGCUGGGCCAUGAGCCAGUGUGCGGAGGCGGCGGCGGUGGCGGCCACCGUGCCGGGCGCGGGCAUGGGGAAAGCCGGGCUGCGGCCGCCUAUGGUGCCCCGCCAGGCGUCCUUCUUCCCGCCGCCUGUGCCCAACCCUUUCGUGCAGGAGACGCGGAUGGGCGCCGUGAGAUGUCUCCAGAUUUUCUUUCUUGGAAUUAUCCUGCUUCCAAUCCGCGCCUUGUUGGUCACAUUAAUUGUACUACUUGCCUGGCCAUUUGCCGCCCUUUCAACUGUAUGCUGUCCCGAAAAGCUGACCCAUCCAAUAACUGGCUGGAGGAGGAAAAUCAGUCAACCAAUUUUGAAGAUUCUGGGUCAUGCCAUGUUCUUUUCAAUGGGGUUCAUAGUUACUGUGAAGGGAAAGGUAGCGAGACCCAUGGAGGCCCCGAUUUUUGUCGCUGCCCCCCAUUCCACAUUCUUUGAUGGGAUCGCCUGUGUCGUAGCCGGGUUGCCCUCAAUGGUCUCUCGAAACGAGAAUGCACAGGUUCCUCUGAUUGGCAGACUGUUAAGAGCUCUGCAGCCAGUGCUGGUGUCCCGGGUGGAUCCGGACUCUCGAAAAAACACAAUAAAUGAAAUAGUAAGGCGAGCAACAUCAGGAGGGCAAUGGCCACAGAUACUAGUUUUCCCAGAAGGUACUUGUACUAAUCGUUCCUGUUUGAUUACUUUUAAACCAGGAGCCUUCAUUCCCGGGGUUCCGGUGCAGCCGAUCCUCCUCAGAUACCCAAACAAGCUGGAUACCGUGACUUGGACAUGGCAAGGAUAUACAUUCAUUCAGCUUUGUAUGCUUACUUUCUGCCAGCCCUUCACAAAGGUGGAAGUUGAGUUUCUGCCUGUUCAGGUACCAAACGAUGAAGAAAAAAGUGAUCCCAUCCUUUUUGCUGGUAGAGUCCGGAAUUUAAUGGCAGAAGCUUUGGGAAUUCCAGUAACAGACCAUACCUACGAAGACUGCAGAUUAAUGAUCUCAGCAGGACAGCUGACAUUGCCUAUGGAGGCUGGGUUGGUGGAAUUUACCAAAAUAAGCCAGAAAUUGAAGUUAGACUGGGAUGGUGUUCGUAAGCAGUUGGACGAGUACGCAGUAAUCGCAAGUUCUUCAAAAGGAGGACGAAUCGGAAUUGAAGAAUUUGCGGAGUAUUUGAAGCUGCCUGUUUCAGAUGUCCUGAGACAACUCUUUGCACUCUUUGACAGGAACCACGACGGCAGUAUCGACUUCCGCGAGUACGUGAUUGGCCUGGCUGUCUUGUGCCACCCUGCCAACACGGAGGACAUCAUUCAGGUGGCAUUUAAGCUCUUUGAUGUCGAUGAGGACGGCUACAUAACAGAGGAAGAGUUUACCACCAUUUUGCAGGCUGCCCUCGGGGUGCCCGACCUGGAUGUUUCUGGUCUCUUCAAGGAGAUAGCCCAGGGGGAUUCUGUGUCCUACGAGGAAUUUAAAAGUUUUGCCCUAAAGCAUCCAGAAUACGCUAAAAUAUUUACAACCUACCUAGACCUCCAGACGUGCCAUGUGUUUUCAUUACCGAAGGAAGUCCUGCCAACUCCCUUGUUCGCCAGCAAUAAAGUCAGCCCUGAAAAUCAUGACGAGAGCCCCUCAGACAAAAAAGAUGACUGAAAGCAAAUAUUCACAAUAAGGGAAGGAUUUUCCUUGAAAUUGCGAAGGCAUUUGUUGAUAGUGUUUUCAAAGUGAUUUCUGAGUAAUGGUGUUUAAAAUGAAGAGCUUUUUUUAAAAAAUAAAAAUGGUAGCUUUUCUUAUUAAAAU